AUGCUCCAAUUGCCAUCCUUUUCUGUCUUCUUAGCUUCGCUUUUCUUCUUAUUGAUGAUUUUCAAAUACUGGAAGAAAUCUCAAGCCAAAGGCCUGAGCAAGUUGCCUCCUGGGCCAAAGCAGCUGCCUAUUAUAGGGAACUUGCACCAGUUGAUUGGUGCCCUACCACAUCAUGCUGUAACCGACUUGUGCAACAAACAUGGUCCCGUCAUAAACCUGCAACUGGGAGAACUUUUUGCUGUGAUCAUUUCAUCGCCGGAAGCAGCCAAAGAGGUCUUGAAGACGAGCGAGAUCAGCUUUGCGCAAAGGCCGGAAGUGUAUGCAGUUGAAAUAAUGGCAUACGAUCAUUCAAGCAUCGUGUUUGCUCCUUACAACGAGUACUGGAGACAACUGCGAAAGAUAUCUGUGAUGGAGCUCUUAAGCGCUAACCGUGUCCAAUCGUUCAGAUCGAUAAGGGAAGAGGAGGUGUGGAAUCUUGUAGAGUUCAUCGCCUCCUCCCAGGGACAUACCAUAAAUUUGAGUGACAAGAUAUACACCAUGACAAAUGAUGUGGUUUCAAGGGCAGCAUUUGGUAACAAGUGCAAAUACCAACAUGAGUUUACAUUAUUGCUUGGGGAAAUUAUACUUCUUGCUGGAGGCUUUAACAUCGCUGACUUGUACCCUUCUCUUACAUUUCUUCGUUCCAUGAGUGGGAUGAAGCCUGCAUUGAUGAAAAUUCAGAAAAAAAUUGACAAGAUUCUUCAAGAUAUUGUGAGGGAGCAUAAGAUGAAAAGAGAAGCUAGUAGAAAAGGCUUUGAUAGGCUUGGUGAAGAUGAGAAAGAUCUGCUUGACACGCUUCUGAAUUAUGAGGAGGCCAAUAAGCAUGAGUUUCAUCUCACAACCGAUCAAAUCAAAGCCGUCACUAUGUGUUCUCGUCGGAGGUCUUGCGUCGAAGGAAGUGAGACUUCAGCAACAACAAUGGAAUGGGCAAUGUCAGAGCUUCUGAAAAACCCUAGAGUAAUGGAGAAGGUGCAAUCGGAAGUGCGACAAGUAUUCGAAGGGAAAAAGAAAAUCGAAGAGGAAGAUGUUCAAAAGCUACAUUACUUGAAAUUAGUCAUGAAGGAAACUUUUCGGUUGCACCCUCCGGGUCCUUUAAUCCCGAGAGAGGCAAGGGAAAGAUGUGAAAUUGGUGGAUAUACAAUACCAGCCAAGGCCAAAAUCCUCAUCAAUGCCUACGCAAUAGGGAGAGAUCCAAAACUUUGGGCGGAUCCAGAAUGCUUUCAACCAGAGCGCUUUCAAGGUUCUUCCAUUGACUUUAAAGGCAACAAUUUUGAAUUGCUUCCAUUUGGUGCAGGUAGGAGGAUUUGUCCAGGCAUCUCAUUUGCUACUUCAAACAUUGAACUUGGACUUGCUCAACUAUUGUACCACUUUAACUGGAACCUUCCAAAUGGGACUAAACUAGAAGCCCUCGACAUGGCUGAGAAUUUUGGAAUAACGGCUAGAAGAAAGAACAAUUUGCAUUUGAUUGCCACUACUUAUAUUCCUUUCAACAAAUGA